GACUCCAUCGAAUCUGUCAAACGCUAAUGAUCGCUGAAUAUUUACGUGAAUGAGAUUUUCUGGUUUUCGUUAAUUCAUUUCUUUUCACAGUUAGUUUUGUACUGUUAUUUUGUGAAUCAUAUUGUUUGUUUAUCGAGUGCGAGUUUGUAAGGAUAACUGUAGCUGUAAUAUCAAGAAUGUCUCAUCAAACAGGAAUUCAAGCCAAUGCAGAGUUGAAGAAAUAUUUGGGCAAAUGUCGAGAUGGAAAAAUUCGAGUUUUAAAAAUCAGCAUAGAGAAUGAGCAGCUGGUGUUAUCAAAGUACCACCCAGUAAAGCACUCGUGGGAACAAGACUUUGACAAAUAUGUACCCUCGUUGGUUGUUGAAGACCUACCAUGCUAUAUUUUAUAUAGGUUUGACUCAACUAACUCUGUGGGACACGAGUGGCUGCUCCUGAGCUGGUCUCCGGACAGUGCACCGGUCAGACACAAGAUGUUGUAUGCUUCAACUAAGGCCACGCUCAAGCAGGAAUUUGGUUCUGCGCAUAUAAAGGAUGAAAUGCAUGCUACUGUUAAGGAGGAAGUAAGCCUGAAAGGCUACAAGGCACACGUGUCGGGCGUGAGUGCCCCGGCGCCGCUGACCGACAGGGAGGAGGCGCUCAAGGAGUUACAGCAGAGCGAACACAACACCAACUAUGGCACUGAUGCUAGGCAAUCAACCAUGGGAGGUGUGGCUUUCCCUAUAACCGAAGAUGCCAAACAAGGAAUCAAUGAUCUCAAAAGAGGUUCCUAUAACUAUUUGCAGUUUAAGAUAGAUUUAGAAGGUGAAAAGAUCCAUUUAUCCAAAGCGGCCAACAUUGCGCUAACAGAUCUCCCGCAGCAAGUUCCCGGAGAUCAGGCCAGAUAUCACCUCUAUAUAUUCAAACAUACGCACGAAAGUGAUUAUAUGGAGAGCGUAGUGUUCAUCUAUUCCAUGCCUGGUUACAACUGCAGUAUAAAGGAGAGAAUGAUGUACUCCAGUUGCAAAGGACAGUUCCUAGAAAUUAUUGAACAACUAGGUGUGGAAAUCAUUAAACGGUUAGAAAUCGACGACGGCAAAGAGCUAACGGAAGAAUUCCUUUACGACGAGAUUCAUCCCAAGAGAAACUUACAUCGUCCCGCCUUCGCCAAACCCAAGGGCCCGCCGAACAGAGGAGCUAAACGAAUCACCAAGUCCCAGAGUACACAAUAAGUAAGAACUGUAUAUCUAUUAUUAAUCACGUGGCUAAGUAAAUUACAUUUAUUUUGAUUUUGUAAUCAACUCUUGACGAACUUUGAAAUAGCUUAUUGCACAAAAUUUAUUAGUUUCCUUAGAUUUUGUUUGUAACAUCUCGAUUUAUUCUGCAUUAUACUGGCGAAUGGCAUAGUCGUACAACUAUAGCUACUGGCAGAUUUGGCGCCAAAUCUUGCAUGUAGAUUGUAAACUUCUCGACAGCAAUUAUAAUAAUUUUGCAUCUCUGAUGUUCUACUAGUGACUUUAAGCUUAGUUUGCCUUGAAUUUAAUUUUUCAGUCCGCGACUUUUUAUUAAAUAAAUAAGCAAAGCCACGUGAUUUAACAAUACAGAAUUUUAAAAGCAUGUCGCUGAAGUAAAACUAUAAGUAACUUGCUUAGUUACCCAAGUAAAUAAAAAUAUGUGAAAACAUUAAAAUGUAGAAAUUAAAUGAAGACUGGUAAGGUCAGAGUGCAAUAAAUAAUACGAAAAUUAACUCAAAAUAAUGUUAUAAACAUCGAUUGUAUUAAAUGAAUUCUAAAACAGAAAACUUCUUAACGAUGAAGUUUAUUUUUUAUCCAAAAGUAUAAAUUGUAUACUCUAAACCUAUUUAAAACAGUGUAGUAUGUAUUUGAAUAUACUGAAAAUGAAGUAUUAUAUAGUAAUAUGUAAACGAAUUAUAACUAAGAUAUAGAAAACAAUAUAGCUUUGUAGACGGAACCUAACAGAAUAUGAAUGUAUUUUUUUAAUUAACCAUGCGUUCAAUUUUAUCAAUAGAGGUAGAAUAAUUUGACGUCCAUGAUAGAAUAUUUUUAAAUAAAAAGAACCCACAUUGUUCGUUCUAAAAUGUAGAUCAACCUCAAUAUGUGACCAUAAUUAAUUCAUGAAGAAAGAAAUGUAUAAACUCAAGAAAUAGUCGGAAUAUAAAAAUAUAAGUAUUACAGUCAAUCUAGUUUAAUGCUAUGUAUGUGUAUUUUUGCAUUAUAGAAUUUUAAAAUAUGUUAGUAAUAUUACUUUCUUAAAAUUUUGCAAGGACUUUCUUCCCCUUUUUAAAUCGAGUUUUGUAAAAUAAUAUGAACGUAUACGUAUGUAGCUCAAUCUAUCUAUUUAUUAAUAUUAGAUCUUGCCAUUUUAAAAGUUUUGUAACUAUUAUUAAAGCGUUAGCGUUCUUUAUAAUCUCGUUUCAAUAAUUAAUUAUUAUAAGUCUUAGCAUUUUUUACCUUUCGUAUUUAAAAUUAAGCGAAAUUGAAUUUGUUUAAAUUUUUAAAUUGAUGCACAAAUACAAUAUGAAGUUUGUAAAUUAAAUACAUAUUUCCUUCUAUUUUUGUAAAUCGGUUUGACCAUAUCUGUAUUGUGCAAUGUCUGUAACAAUAAACUGCUUUUAAUAUA